CAGGCCAGAAAAGGGAGCUCGGGUACCUUCCAGAGUGUGAGACCCAGCGCCCCCCUCCCGCUCCCCGCAGACUUUCGUCCCCGCCAUGGCUGAGCUAAUCCAGAAGAAGCUACAGGGAGAAGUGGAGAAAUAUCAACAGCUACAGAAGGACUUGAGUAAAUCCAUGUCAGGGAGGCAGAAACUAGAGGCACAACUAACAGAAAAUAAUAUCGUGAAGGAGGAACUGGCCCUGCUGGAUGGAUCCAAUGUGGUCUUUAAACUUCUGGGUCCCGUGCUGGUCAAACAGGAGCUGGGGGAAGCUCGGGCCACAGUGGGGAAAAGGCUGGACUACAUCACGGCUGAGAUUAAGCGAUACGAAUCCCAGCUCCGGGACCUAGAGCGGCAGUCAGAGCAACAGAGAGAGACCCUUGCUCAGCUGCAGCAGGAGUUCCAGCGGGCCCAGGCAGCAAAAGCAGGGGUUCCUGGGAAGGUCUGA